AUGGCCAGGAUAUUUCGGUAUGAGGAUUGGGCGUCUACCGGCACUGAAGAUGCCCCAGUCCCAGCAGCAAAUCCACGCCAUGACAGCACGACUCUCUGGCCGGAUGAGAGUGAUUCGAGACCUCUCAAAGCCGUUCCUUUUAGACAGAGGCUGCAAUCCCUACCUCUCACUCGGAAGGACACAGAUCUGUUCAGAACACAGGGGUUGUCGGACAAUUCAAUGUACCUGGCACCAGACGACGCAAAGAAAUCUGGAGGUUUGAAAGGCCUUUUUCGAAAAGCUUCGGUCUCCAUUAAAAACCGACAGCGGCGCUUUUCACAUCUGUCUUGUGUGGCUGGCGAAGAAAACGCACAACCUGAAAGCCCUUGGCAGAGAUUGAAGACAGCCACAAGUUUCCACCGCUACUCACGGGCAGUGUCGGUCAGCUAUGAUACAGACGGCCCAUUCGACUCGCACGAAGAGGAUAUGUCUGCACCUAUCCCAGGGAGUGGCAAUCGGCCACCUAGGAUACCGAGAUAUGGGGGGUUUGCGGCACGACAAAAUGCAGCUCUGCACAAUGGAAUGGAACACGGCAGGGAAAGACUCAACCCAUAUCUCACACUGUCAGAUACAAGCGGGGAUGUAGAUAGAGAGAGCGCGAUCGCCAUGCCGUUUGACGGCUCGGAUCCAGGGCGGAUGGAGAGCGAGGUUGAAGCCGAGAGCACCGUGGUAGCAGCGGUUGCAAGCUCGACGAUCAACCGCGACUUUAUCACUGCAUUGCCGAAUGAACUCGCCAUGCAAAUUCUUGGCCAAGUUGAUGCGAAGACACUCAGGGGAUUAUUUCAUGUGUCUCGACGUUGGUAUGAAGUUGCGCAUUCUCAGCAGGUUUGGAGAGAGGUUUUCCUGAGAGAGGAGACUCAGGCAUAUGCUACUGGGAAACCUAUUCCCUUAGGGGCUGGUGUUGGACUCCCUGCUCACAGCCCCGAGAAUGACUGGAUGGCAUUGUCUCAAGCAAGAACUCAGCUUCGUGGCAAUUGGGAGACUGGGGUUUGUGACGCCCACUAUCUUCACGGCCAUUUGGACAGCAUUUAUUGUGUCCAGUUCGAUGAGAACAAAAUCAUCACAGGGUCUCGUGACAAGACCAUAAGAAUUUGGAACAUUGAGACUCUCUCUUGUACACUUGUCAUUGGUCCACCAAACGUGGUUCACGAUCCUUCCAUUCUGAAAGAUAACGACAAUCUCCCAGUACACUACGCGGCACGACAAGCGGGGAGCGCAUUUGAAGAAAGCGAUUUUGUCAGGGAACAAGAAAGCUUGCCAGAGACCGUCUCUUUCCCUAUACAUCACGAACAGUCAAUUCUCUGUCUACAAUACGACGAGGACAUCCUAGUCACUGGCUCAUCUGAUAGCACUUGCAUUGUCUAUGAUGUCAAGAAUGGCUAUAGGCCGAUACGAAGGCUUCACCGCCAUACAGCGGCUGUCCUCGAUCUAGCAUUUGAUAAGAAGUACAUUGUUACGUGCUCCAAAGAUAUAAGUAUCUGUAUUUGGGAUCGCCAGACGGGUGAGUUCCUCAAGCAGCUUCGAGGACACAGCGGACCCGUGAAUGCAGUUCAAUUGCGCGGAAACACGAUCGUGAGUUGUAGCGGCGACUUCACUGUUAAGAUGUGGAAUAUUGAGACUGGGAAUAUCAUCCAAACCUUGAGCAAUCACAGCAAGGGCCUUGCAUGCAGCCAAUUUUCUGAGGAUUCGAGAUACAUUGCAUCUGCUGGAAACGACAGGCUUAUAAAUGUCUGGAACGCAAACACGCAUCAACUCAUGUACACCAUUGAUGAAGCCCACGACAACUUGGUGCGGUCACUCCACAUCGAUUCGAUUAGCGGAAGAUUGGUAUCUGGGAGUUAUGACACUUCUAUCAAGGUGUUCAAUAUGGAGAAAGGACAAGAAAUCCUCGUCUUUCCUCAUUGGCAUGCUAGCUGGGUACUAGGAGCCAAGUCAGAUUACCGAAGAAUCAUCAGCACUGGGCAAGAUCCAAAGAUUUUGAUAUUGGAUUUCGGCAAAGGAAUUAAGAACAUCGACAAGCUGCGCAGCGAUAUCAGAAAAAUCGAUUUGCCAACUGGUAUGGUCGAAGAUGUUUGA